AUGAAGUCCAUGAUAGUCGCCGAAACCAGAAGAAGUACUCGUAAAAAAGAAAUGCUCAACAGUUCGAUUCGAUCACAGCCAUCAAGUUAUUCAAAAUCGAUCCACCACUGA